AUGAAGUCGCCCAUCCCGGACUACCUCAACCAUGUGCUCGAGAAGGCGCGACCGAACGAGGGAGGAGCUGCCGCCGACUACAUCGAGACGCUGGCCAGGGCAGACACGUCCAAGAUGGCAGUCGCCCUGGCCAUGGUCGACGGCAACGUUUACUCUGCAGGAGACGACAAGAUCGAGUUCUCCAUCCAGUCCAUCUCCAAAUCUUUUGUCUACGCCAUCGCCAUCGAGGAUGCCGGACUGGACCAAGUGCUGAAGAAGAUCGGAGUCGAGCCUUCGGGUGACAGAUUCAACCAACUGUCGCUUGAGCGCAGCACGAACCGACCCAUGAACCCCAUGAUCAACGCUGGCGCCAUUACCGCUCACUCCCUCGUCGUCUCGCCCACCGCAACUCUGCACGAGCGAACCGAACGCAUCUUGAAAGUCCUCUCCAGGCUGGCUGGUCGCGAGUUGCAUGUCGAUGAGGAGGUCUACAAAGCCGAGCUGAAGGACGCCGACAGGAACAUGGCUAUAGGAUACAUGCUCAAGGCUGCUGGCAUCAUCACAUGCGACCCAAGGGAGGCUGUAAAAGGAUACAUUCGUCAAUGCGCCAUCAACGUCAACGUCCAAGACUUGGCCAUGAUGUCCGCUGUGCUGUCCAAUGGCGGCGUCCAUCCCGUCACUGAAGAGCAAAUCAUACCACACACAAGUGUCCGUCAGGUCCUGUCUGUCAUGACGACCUGCGGCAUGUACGACGCUGCCGGUGAUUGGGUCUCCAACGUCGGCUUCCCAGCAAAGAGUGGUGUCGCCGGUGCUAUCAUCGGUGCUCUGCCCGGUCAGGUCGGUCUUGCCACAUUCUCNCCCAAGAUCGACGCACGCGGCAACAGCGUGCGUGGUGUAGCCAUGUGUGAACAACUCUCGCGUGACAUGGGACUUCACAUGAUGGAUGUCAGUCACGUCGCCCGAUCGACCGUUCAAACCUCGGUAUCCACACUCGUCCCUGGCGAGAAUGACAAGCACGAACCACACAACUUGAACUGCGACCGCAAAGUGGUUGUCUUCAAGCUACGAGGUGCCGUACGCUUCCCUGGUGCAGAANNAAGAUUGACAAGAGCAUUAGCGUACGAGUUAGGAAAGCCCGACCCAUCUGAUCCUGGAUCUGGAUGCCAUGCUAACGCUUGCGCCAUUGUCUUCUCCUUCCGCGAGGUCUUUUCACUAAACUUCAUCGCCCGAAGAUUGAUUCACGAAAACAUAACACGCCUCUUGGGAGAACGAAGAGUCUUGGUCAUCAUCGACCCUACAAGUGUACUCGAAUGGGACCCCACAAAAGCAAAGAACGAUAGACAUCCAAAGGUUGUCGACAACGAUACGGAGGCACGAGACUACAUUGGAGGAACGGGCUGUCAAGCCGUCUCUGAAGAUCCAGAAUGGUAG